AUGGGGGACUACGAUGAGGCGAUCGGGCAGAUGAGCCUGGGAGAAACAGGUCAACGACUUGACAGAUUAGGCAGCGAGGUGGCGACCGGACAGUUGGGACAAGACGACACGGUUGCGACGUCGGACCACCGUAUGAUAUGGGCAGGAACGACCAUGUCGUCAGACGAGUACAUGAUCGAAUUGCAGUGCAGUUCAGGUGAAUGUCGAAGCAUUGACGAAGGAUAA